UUUUUUUUCUGUUGUGUGUGUGUGUUCUCAACACUGCGCGCGCCUCCAGGAAAACGGCAGCGCGCCCCCGUUCCCUCCCUGUGUGCCAGUGGAACACAGCGCUUGGGCAAGACGUCCCUGUUACGAACACGUUGACGUGUUGGAUAGGUCUAAUACGGUGACCGCUCAGCACACAUUUGUCUGCAAGUGCCACGAGUUGCCCCAAGCGACCCCUUGCACCAAUACCGGCACCGCCAGCAUGAUCAGCGGUGUGUUUCUGUACAAUCACAAAGGCGAUUGCCUGAUCUCACGCACCUACCGCGAUGACAUUACUCGCUCGGUCGUGGAUGCUUUUCGUGCCAACGUCAUUCAUGCGCGCCACAGCGUCCGCUCUCCCGUCAUUAACAUUGGCCGUGCAUCUUACUUUCAUUUGAAGCGUGGCAACAUGUGGCUUGUAGCCGUAACACGCCUCAAUGCCAACGCAGCCCUUGUCUUUGAGUUUUUGAACAAGGUGGUCCAGUUGAUGGAGGCCUACUUUGCCCAGUUCUCUGAUGUCAACGUUCGCAACAACUUCUCCCUUAUUUACGAACUUUUGGACGAAAUUCUCGACUAUGGCUACCCCCAGAGCACGGAUCCCGACUCGCUGAAACUUUUCAUCACACAGCAGGGCCUCAAUGCCAACGCUUCACGGGAAGAGCAAACAAAAAUCACCAGCCAAGUGACGGGCCAGAUUGGUUGGCGCCGUGAUGGCAUCAAGUACAGACGGCACGAGCUCUACCUCGACGUGCUCGAGUCUGUCUCCCUGCUCAUGAGCCCCCAGGGUCAGCCCUUGAGUGCACACGUGGCCGGCUCAAUUCGCAUGAAGUGCUACCUCUCCGGCAUGCCCGAAUGCAAGCUGGGCAUCAAUGACAAAAUCGUCAACAAGGACGGCGCUCAGCGUGCCGCUGCAGGAGCCGGGGCAGCGCAGAAGAAGAAGCGCAACCGCAAGGCCCCCAUCGCCAUUGAUGACUUGACCUUCCACCAGUGCGUGCGUCUGGGCAAGUUUGACAUGGACCGCAGCAUCUCCUUCAUUCCUCCGGAUGGCGAGUUUGAGCUCAUGAAGUACCGUACCACGCAAGACAUCAAGUUGCCCUUCCGUGUGACCCCGCUGGUCCAGGAACAAGGAAACCGCAUUGACAUUACCGUCAACAUCAAGGCCGACUUUGACCCCAGCUUGUUCGGACAAAAGGUCGAGGUUCGCAUCCCCGUGCCGACUACCACCUCCAAGGUCAACGUGCAUGCUGACCGUGGCAAAGCAAAGUACAAGCCCGGCGAGAACGCCGUUGUCUGGAAAAUGAAGCGCUUUGCAGGUGGGCGCACGGCUCAGUUCACCGCAGAACUUGAACUGCUCAACGUCUCGGAUAAGAAGAAAUGGACCAAGAGUCCCGUCUCUGUCAAGUUUGAGGUGCCUUUCUCUGCCUCUGGCUUGGAGGUCAAGUAUCUGAAGAUCAUGGAGCGCAAGCUCGGCUAUGAAGAUACAGAAGUGACCAAGUGGGUGCGCUACAUCAGUAGCAGCGGGUCAUAUGAAGUUCGCUACGCCUAAAUUCUGGUUCUUUGGCAAGCCGACCCGAUCAACUAGACUCAUGCGGGACUGUGAGCUGGACUGAAAUUGUUACCUUCUUUUUUGACGUAUUACCCGUGACCUGUGUUGUGCGUUGUGCUUGUUUCCAUUUUGCGUGCGCUUUUCUCCCUGCCCGGUGUCGCUCCCUUGCCUGCAUGUGCGUGUUUGUUUAUCUUGGUGCUGGCAAAGUGGAGCGUGUCCAAUAAGUCUGUGGUCCGUUAAUGCUGAGUCUAUCUCCCUGAAAUUAAUGGAGAGGCG